AUGGUGGCUGCCUGCUUCAGUCCAUUCUACUCGAUCAACAGUGACUGGCGUCGAUCGGCAUUUGCCUUGGAGUCGGCACUGCACUACCGACAACAACAGAUUAGAGUCUACUUUUCAAUAUCGACGGGAGUAACCGACAGCUCAUCGCAAAAUCUUCUGUUCCCGGUCGACAGUGGCCGGCACUCCUCCAGCAACGUCUUUUCUGAAUCAACAGCCCAUUUGGGAUCAGCAGCUCUCUUGUGGAUCGACGGCUUCAAUACGAUAUCGGCAACGGCCGGUGGAUUACAUAAUCGAUGGCUCCAAUCCAUACCGAUGGCGGUCGGUGGCUAG